GGCACUGUUGCCAUCCAAUGCAUCUGAAUGUCUCUCACUUGACCAGGCGGCCUCUUGAGGAUUCCUCGACCGAUCGGCCUCUCCAUGGAUCCCAUUUCCAAUGGUAUGCACAUCCAGAUGCCGGUGCCGGACCAACAAUCCUCCUCUCGCGAGGCGUCACCACCGCCGAGCGUUGCCGGUAAGCCGCCUGUGGACAAGACGCUGUCGAGCGCGUCGGACCUGCUGAAGCUGCUGCCGACUGGCACGGUGCUGGCGUUCCAGGCCCUGGCGCCGUCCUUCAGCAACCACGGCGUCUGCCACGCGGCCAACCGGUACCUGGUUCUGGCACUCGUCGGCGGCUGCGCCAUAUCCUGCGUCCUCCUCUCCUUCACGGACAGCCUCGUCGGCCGCGACGGCGGGCUCUACUACGGCGCGGCCACGUUCUGGGGCUUCUACCCCUUCAACUUCACCGGCACGCGCGCCGAGCGGGACGCGGUGUUCAAGGACCUCUGCAGGUACCGGGUCACGCCCAUGGACUUCGUGCACGCCAUCUUCUCCGCAGUCGUCUUCCUCGCCGUCGCGUUCGCCGACGCCAGCAUACAGAGCUGUCUGUUCCCGGACGCCGGGCCGGACUUGAGGGAGCUACUGGUGAACUUGCCUCUUGCCGCUGGCUUCCUCGCUAGCAUGGUGUUCAUGAUCUUCCCCACUACCAGGAAGAGUAUUGGCUACACGGACAUGAUGCCACACUCGCACUAACGACACUCAUGAAACCUGAGUUCAUUCGUUCCCUAUUGUAAGUUUGUAACUCAUGUAUUGUAGCUCCGUAUUGGUAUUAUCCCUUGUAUUGGACUUUGUACACGACCCGGACGUUUGGAACCCGGCUACGCGCGAGGUCGAAAUCAUACGCGUCCAGGUUGUUAUGUGAUUAGCAUGUAAUAUAGCGUUUAGUUAAUACCCUGUCUUUACUUUUA